AUGGCCACUAGAAACUUACUAGCCCUCUCGGCUUUGGGGAGCUACAGUGGGCAUCAAGUUGUUGUACCUUUUGUUAAAAAUUCAAGGUUUUUCGGUAGUUCUAAAAUGAGUAGUGACACUCAAACGCUGGAAUUGUACUACAAUCUGAGCGCACUUAACAACAAACUUCGUUCACACGGAUACAGCACUUUGGUAAGCUGGGAAACAUUUCAGAAUGUUUGUCGGAACAAGCUGGACUUACUGCUAUAUAUAAACUAUGGUAAUAUAGCUUUUCACCGAGGGAAAAAGACAAAAUGUAGCGGUAAUCAAUGACAUCAAGGUUUCGUUAAAGGUUUCAGAGUACUGAAAACAAUUUGCGUGGAUUCCGGGAUGCUUUCUUCGGUUGAAGAUUUUCUAAAGGACGUGAUCAAAGGAAAUAAAUGUGUUGGGAUCGAAGACUGGACGGGAAAUGGAACACUGACUUCAUAUCGAGCUUUAUUCCCACUUCCUUCAAACAUCCAUCGUCCUCUCGAUCAUAAAAGUAUAAGUCUAUUUUUAAUGAAAACCUUUUGGAAAUCGCUCAACACUUUAUUUCAAAGAUGUUAG